AAAAGUCUGUGGCAAGAAUUAUUAUGACCCCAUAUCUUCCUUUCCCCCACUCCCCAGUAUUACAACAGCCCCCAUAUCUGUAAUUAGCAUCACACUUGAAUGUAUCCUGCAUCCCCAACAUUAUACCAGUCCCCCAUGACAGUCCCCAACGAGGGGGGAUGUGAAGGUGUAGAGCUGACUUGAGAGUUAGUAUAGCACAUGUCUAUCAUGUGCAGAUGUGCACUACCAAUAGAAAGACAUGCUACCUGCUGUGGGUGCUCUACUAAUCAGGUAAUCAAAUGGUAUUCUAGCAUGGACACUGUUGCUAGCCAUAGUUGUCAUCUUCUCCAGCAGCUACAUGAACAGCGCAUUCAAGGCCUUCUCUGUGACUGCAUGUUGGUAGUAAAAGGUGUCUGCUUCAAAGCUCAUAAAAAUGUGUUAGCUGCUUUCAGUCAGUAUUUCAGGACCCUAUUUCAGAAUUCUCCAGGCCAGAAGAAUGAUGUUUUUCACUUGGACAUUAAAAAUGUAGGAGGUAUAGGCCAAAUCUUGGACUUCAUGUACACCUCACACCUUGAUCUUAGCCAGGAUAACGUACAAGCUAUGUUGGAUAUCGCACAAUGUCUACAAGUGCAAAAUGUGCUGAACAUUUGCCAUACUUUUUUAAAAUCUUCUACAGCGGUAGAACAGCCUGCUAGCAUGCCUUGCAAUAGUGUGUUCUCCUUGCAAAGUACUUUGGCUACAGAGACUAACUGUGUAAAUGAAAAUUAUGGUACUAACUUACUGCAUGAAUGCUCAUCAGAUGCACAACCGAGUAAAGUGUUGGAUGACCAUCAUUCUCACGGAUCACAAACUAUUAAUCUUCAUACUUCCUCAGGUGAUGUACAGAAACAGACACAAGACUCCUUAGAUGGUAAUUGCACAGAGCUCCCUUUUAAACAGCCAAAUUACUAUUAUAAACUGCGUAAUUUUUAUAGCAAGCAGUUCUACAAGCAAAAUGCAUGUUCCAACCAAGAGAGAAUAACAGAACAGUCCUUUGCAUUCAAUACAUCUACUGAACUAAGUACGGUAGAGAACAAUUCUUGUACUGUCAGUCAAUCUGAAUGUAUUUUGGAAUCGUCUGACCACUUACCAUCAAACUUUCUGGUUCAGGCCUUGAAUGAAUCUACACCAGACCAAGAUUUGGAAAACACGUCCUUGCAGCCAACCCAACAGAUGCAACUGAAAAAGGCAAUACACCUGAAAAAACUGAAUUUUCUAAGAUCACAGAAGUCUGCAGAACAGUUGUCUGAACCUAAGAGAGAUGACAACAAUAUAACAAGGGUAAUUGAAUCUGUAAAUGGAAGUGCCAUGGAGAUGACAAAUAUUAGUGCCAUUGAAGAAAAAGAAACUGAAGAUCUUGUUAGUUCAGAGAGUUUUGAACAAACUGUUGAAAUGGAAAUAUCUCAAGGUCCUUCAGAGCAAGAAGAGCAAUCACAGAUUCUUCAGUCACAGAGGCAAUAUACUUGUGAAUUAUGUGGAAAGGCUUUUAAACAUCCAAGCAAUUUGGAGCUCCAUAAAAGGUCUCAUACAGGUGAGAAACCUUUUGAAUGUAACAUUUGUGGGAAACACUUCUCACAGGCAGGUAACCUACAGACUCAUUUACGUCGGCACUCUGGUGAAAAACCAUAUAUUUGUGAAAUCUGUGGGAAAAGGUUUGCUGCUUCUGGUGAUGUACAGCGUCACAUUAUUAUUCAUUCUGGAGAAAAACCUCACUUAUGUGAUAUCUGUGGCCGAGGGUUUAGUAACUUUAGUAACUUAAAGGAACACAAAAAGACCCAUACAGCAGAUAAAGUAUUCACCUGCGAUGAGUGUGGAAAGUCAUUUAAUAUGCAACGGAAAUUAGUAAAGCACAGAAUUAGGCACACAGGAGAAAGACCAUACAGCUGUUCAGCAUGUGGAAAAUGUUUUGCAGGGUCUGGUGACCUACGCAGACAUGUGCGGACUCAUACAGGAGAAAAGCCCUAUACUUGUGAGACCUGUAAUAAAUGCUUCACGCGUUCUGCUGUUCUGCGGCGGCAUAAGAAAAUGCACUGCAAGGCCAGUGAUGAGGGACCAAAUACCCUCGAGGAAUUGACUCAGGCAAUUGAAACUUCUGAUCUUGAGAAAUCUCAGCAUUCUGACUCAUUUGCCCAAGAAAUGUCUGUUACUUUGUUACCAGUAUCAGUUAAAUUUCCUGUUCGUCCAGUUGGAAAUUCAGUUAAUGAAUUUGAUAGCUCUGAAGGAUCUUAUUGCAAGUUGCGGUCAAUGAUUCACCACCAUGAGUCUACAAUCCAACAAAAAUUGAAUCUGGAUCCUGUUGAACUUCCAAAACCUCAGACACAGCAAACUCCUCAGUCACCUUUCACUUACACAGAGGUAGAUGCGUCACCUACAGAAGAACCCCUACACUCUGAUAAUAUUUCUAUGAUUCGUUCAUCAAUGACAACCCUGGACGGUCAUUGUGGUGACCCUUUGGGCAAUCGUUCAUCUUCUGCUGCAUAUAGGACUAAUGAAGGACCAUUUUUUUCCAGUAUGACCCUGUGGGGCUUAGCUAUGAAGACCUUGCAAAACGAAAGUGAGUUGGAUCAAUGAGGGUUCAUGUUAACGAUUCACAAUCUUUUAGGAGAAUUGUUUUAAUUUACCAGACUAAGACCACAUAUUCUUGUUCUAAUGCUCACUACCUCCCAUUUAACUAGCUAUGUUCUAUCCUACAAUGGAACUUGUCUUGUUCCAAGGCCCAAUUUCAUUACUAAAAUGCAUAAUGGUGAACAGAGAAUAUAUAAGCAAAAACUCUACUGGGGUUUGUUAGGGCAAUGUGUGGGAAAAGAACGGUGUUCCAGACAUAAGAGGCUGACAUACCAGUAAUAUAAUGUUUAUCAUUAAGAUGAUUGGUUUACAUGACUUCACAUGUUUAAAUAAUGUGACAUAUUAAUUGUAAAAUACUGUAUAAUAUUUGUCAAUAGUGCAAAGUAAUUGUAUAACUAGAAACUUUAUUUUUACAAUAAAAGCCUUUUAUAGUAUUUUAUAAACUAUUUUGCACAGAGAUUUAUCUGUAGAAUGUAGCUCACACUGAGAAAAUGCUAAUUUAAAUUGAAUAAAGAGAAAUUAUUUUACAUAGCAUCUUAAUUGUUGAGUGUGAUGCAUCUUUGCUUAUUCAGAAAAAUGAAAUGGAAAUUGAUGGUAGCUAUUUUAGCGGUAUAAUUCUUUUUUUCCAGAUGGCUCUGUUGCUAAAGGUGGUAUUGAGACAAGCAGAAUUACACUACAUAUUGUCAUGUUUGUUGAUAAAUUAAUGGAAAAUGUUGGUGAAUUAUUGUGAUUAAUGGAGGUUGUGCAAGAGAUCUUAGUGUUUGGCAGGUGGUUUUCAUUUUUAGGUUAAGUCUCAACUGGCACUUCACAGUGCUGUCACUUUUUUUGGCUUAAGGAUGUAAAAAAACAGCCCCCGAGCACAGUAAAUGUUACAACACUGUAAAGCAAUAGUAUGAACCAGGCUACAGCACUGGGACCUAUGCUCCCAGCGCUGUUAGCUACUCCCCUCAUGAACGUGGUUUAUGUAGAUGGCUGGGAGAGCUCUCUACCACCGCUCGUGCUGUGGCCACACUUUCUGCUUAAAGAGCUGCCGCGGCUGCACUUUAAACUUUUAAGUGUAGACAAAGCUUCAGUAUCUCUUUGGUCCUACCUCAGAGACUAGGUUGCUGCAGUCAGACAAGUGUUACAGGCCAAGCAAGUUCACAAAUCAUUUAAGUGUGUUCUCAGGCUUUGUGCCAAAACAUCUUAACAGAUAUUAAAGUUUUUGAGAUACAGAUGACUUCCACUAAUCUUGUUUCUUUUGAUUUUUUU